AACAUGAGGAAAUAGAUCUGCCGGAAGUCCAGAGUCUCCAGAGUCAAUGGCCCCAGCUCCCCAAGCCAUUAAUUAUAAUUUCCAUAAUUAAUUAAGAAAAUGUAGAAAAUUCUGGUGUCAGUGAUUGAAAAAAAUUCUUCGAAAGGUGCGGUUUUUUUUUUAUACUUCCUGGUGAUUUCGAGAGGUUAGGAUUUCGUACAGCCAAUGUGACGAUUUAUUCGGAUUCCAGUCGACUUUCUAAAACCACUGACUCAGGAUUUUUUUUUUAAACACUUCAAAACAAUUCGACGUGGGGAAGAGUAAACAUGGCACUCCAGGUACAGGAACAGAGGAAUUACGAAUUUAUUGUCAAGAGUCUUUUUGCUGGAGGUGUUGCGGGGAUGACGUCCAAGACUACUGUUGCACCUCUGGAUAGAAUUAAAAUUCUUCUGCAGGCGCAUAAUGAACAUUACAAGCACUUGGGUGUGUUCUCUGGACUCAAGGAAAUCGUUCAGAGGGAAAAAUUUUUCGCACUUUACAAGGGAAAUUUCGCACAGAUGAUACGGAUUUUUCCGUAUGCCGCGACGCAGUACACGUGUUUUGAAAUGUACAAAAAGUAUCUAGGUACUAUAUUUGGAAAACACACACACGUGGACAAGUUCUUCGCUGGUUCCUCUGCUGGAGUGACAGCAGUGACCCUGACCUAUCCCCUGGAUACCAUCAGAGCAAGAUUAGCAUUUCAAGUGACUGGCGAGCAUAUUUACACUGGCAUUUUCCACACUGCCAUAACUAUUUGCAAAUACGAAGGGGGAAUAUCAGCUCUGUACCGUGGAUUCUGGCCCACGAUAAUUGGAAUGAUUCCAUACGCCGGAUUCUCGUUCUACUCCUUCGAGUACCUGAAAUUCCUCAGCAUGAAAUACGCCCCCAAUUAUCUCUGCAGCGAUUGUCCACGAAAUACAGGUGGCCUUGUAUUAACAUUGCCAGCGAAAUUACUCUGUGGGGGUAUCGCAGGAGCUGUUGCACAAAGCUUCUCCUAUCCACUAGACGUCACCAGGAGACGAAUGCAAUUAGCCAUGAUGAAUCCUGCUACACACAAAUAUGGAUCGGGAAUGGUAUCGACGAUGAGACUCAUCUACUGGGAGAAUGGUAUCACCAGGGGACUCUAUCGAGGAAUGAGUAUCAAUUAUUUGAGAGCUAUUCCCAUGGUGGCUGUCAGCUUCACCACUUACGAAGUUAUGAAACAAAUGCUCGAUCUCGAUACUGGAAUGAAAAUUUAACUGUUGGAUUUUUUUGGGCCCUUUUUACGGGGCCGGUGGGUUUUGGGACCUAGUGGUAAUGAGUGUUUUAGGAGUAGCUGAAUUUUUAGAUUUAGGUUUUAAGUGCAGGAACGUGGUGCGGGUUUUUUAAUGGCGGUUUAACUUGGGUAUUGAUGGGUUUGUGGAAAUGUGGUAGAGGACUUUUUUGGAGAUUAUUUCUUUGUGGAGAGAAAAGAUCUCUUCGGAUUUUUUAUGGAAAUCGAUAGUUUUUGAGAUAAAUCGAUCAUUUGUUGGAGUGAAAUUUGAGGGCUCGUUUUAUUUUGGAUUGGAGUCUUUUGUGAUCACGGUUUUAUCCGGGGAAAUAUUGAUUUCGGGGGAAAUUCGUAUGGGGAUUUUUUUUGGGUAAUUGAAUUUCUGAGAGAAAUGGUCUUUUGGUGUUUUUCUCUGAAGUCAAUAGUUCUCGAGAUAAAUCGAUGUUUACAAAACGAAAAUUGAAUUCAUGUCAUUUUAGUCGAACCCAGUAUUUUUAGAAUCAACAAUUUAUCUCAAAAAAUAUCGUUUCCACGGGAAAAUUUUAGAGGACUUUUUUGUAGCUAAUUAAAUAUCCUCGAAAAAAGUUCCUCAGUACUUUCUUCUGAAACCAAGAGUUCUCAAGAUAAAUCGAUGUUUAAAGUGACUAAAUUUUUAUUUUACAACAUUUUCUACUGAUUUGUAGAGAAUUGUGCGGGUGAAAGGGAAAAAUUAUUUAAGGAAUUACUUCGAGACUAUCAAAUGUACGACGAUAAUAGACUAAUUACCCCUGAAAUCAACCAGUGAAUGUAAGAAGGGCUUAACUGUCUAGAAACUCCUGAAAUUGACGAAUGCAGAGUCUAAUAAAAUAUUUUUUAUACCGAAGUAAUUUUUCUGGACAGAAAAAAAACGCAUGCAGCAGUUGAUUAUCUUUUCUGACAAUUUAUUAAUCUCGAAUUGAAGAACAAAAUCAGGAGUUCUGAGGUACGAGACAAAUCACAAAUACAUAUCGAUCAUCUGUUCUUAUAAUCAUCCGAUCCAUUUGUUUAUUAAUUAUUAAAAAUUGACAAGCUGACACAUGAAUUUUUCAUCGACUACUACAGGAAUUCCCUCGAUCUCUGAGAGAAGAUUUUCAUUUUUCCAAUCGACAGAGAAAAAAAAAAGAUGAAUCGACCGAAAUUCUCCUCUCGAACUAAAAACAGAAAAAAUUGAUUUAUUCGAUAAAAAAUUGGCAGUUGGAUUGGAUAAUAAAAAAAUCGAGACCAAAAUUAAUCUGUCAACUUGCCAAGAGUAUUGGAAAGCAGAGAAACCGAAUUUAUUCCCAAAUAGAAAAAAAGGAGGAAAUAAUGAAAAAGAAAGUCGAAAAAAAAAACGAUAGAAAAUUCCCCUAAAGUGUCAGAACUAGACGAAAAAAUUGUGAAUACAAUAAAUAGAGUAAAUACAAAAUGAUCUAUACAUUAGGAUCUAUUUCCCGUGGGAAACUGUAUAAUAAUCAGUGGAUUAUUGUCCACAAGUUUAAUUAUUUCAUAAGAAAAAAUUCACUCCUAGUGUUACUUUAUCAUUUUAUGUUUCCACGUGAUACAAAAUGAGAGGGAAAAAAAUGCUCAGGCGUCACCCGAAGAGAGGCGAUCUCUUUUUUUUAUGAUUUCUUCGUUAUUAUCUAUAUUAAUUUACAAUAAUCUACGAGGCGCAAUUCUACGCUCGUCUCAGGUUUCAAAUCGUUUUCAUUCGAUUUUUGUUUCUCCAUUCAUAACUAGGCGAAAGCCACUCUAGGAGCACUACAAUUUUUCAUUAUUCCAUUAUGCAUGCUUACGGAUACUUUUCCUAUGAAUACAUUUUUUUCCAGGAUUUUCCGAGGAUUUUUUCAGGAUUUGGAAUUGUCUGGAAAAAUCCUGGGAAAUUAGUCGUCAAAAUAAGUCGAAUUUUGUUGCGUGGAGAGUUAUAUAUUGAUUUCACGUAAAAAUCAAUGAGGACUUUUUUGUAGGUCACUGAAUUUCCGAGAAAUAUGGUAUUUUCAGAUUUUUUUGUUUUGCCGAUAGUUUUUGAUCCAGCGGGAUUUGAAGGAAAUAAAAUUCGAUUUAUCUUAGUAUUUCGCAAGUGAGUUCGAGUUUUUAGUCAUUAAAAAUCGAUUUUGUUCAGUUACGUAUAACGUAUAGUCAGGUAUUUAUGACUUUUAGUUGUCGUGUGGUGUUGAAUGAUUUUUUAUCGUUUUUCAUUUCAGGAAAAAUCCAGUAAAGUGGUAGAUCGAGAGAAAGUAAUUUUCCUUUCUUUGUGAUUAUUGAUUUAUUGAAAAGACUAUUGAUCUCAGAGAAAGAUGGUAAGGAACUUUUUUAUAGCCCCUGAAAUUGUCAACAAAACCGAUCUCUUGUUAUUUUCUCCUAAAACCAGUAGUUCCCGAUAAAAA